AGCUCAGCGCAGCGCCGCAGCAGCGCCUCGCCGCCCGGGCCCGCCGCCGCCGACAGGCGGGAGCGCAGCGCGUCCUCGGGCAGCGCCGGCCGCCGCAGCGCCUCCAUCGCGCCGGGGCCGCGCUCCGCCCCGGGGAGGAGCGGCGCGAUGGCGGCGGCGGCGCCGCGCUCUGUGCCGGGAGCGCUGCGUGUGCACGGGCAGCGACCACAGGCCGGUGCCGGCGGCGGUAGAAUUCAGUGCCAGCCUUUGAGAAAGCACUUCAACACCUUUUUAAGGACUUCUAAAACACGGUGCGUGAGGUUUCAAUAAUCAGGGGCACUCAGACACCUUCCGGCAGAUGCCGGGCUGUUCGCCUCGCCCCAGCUCGGGGAGCCAGAGAUGGGCAGUGAGGUCGCCCGGGGGCAAGCGGAGCCGCCGUGCCGCGCCGGCAAAGCCGAGCCCCCGGGUGCGGGGAAAGCGCAGGCGGCAGCGAGGGACGGCGCCGUGCGGGGAAAACCGGGCUGCGACCAAAGCACAAGGCUCGGGAUGAGCCGGGGCUGCCCCGCGUGUGCAGUUCUGACACCAAGAGUGGGUUUCCAUUGCGCUCAGCCGAGCGAAAGGGGCUUGGGCUCACAUCCCGCAGUCCGGGCUGGCAGCGACGCGAGGCGCCAGAACGGUGAAGGAACCGAUCUCGGAGAAGAUAGCGGGGAGAGCCGGGGAGAGGGGACCACGGCGGAACCGGGGACCAAAACUGCGGAGCCACCGAGCCGCGAUCGGCUGCGCUCGCGCCCGCUGAAUGAUCGAUUCGGCCGGAAGCCGAGACACGCCAGGAGGGUUCAAACCUCGGGCGGCAGCGGCGGCGCCACGUGUAUCUGCCCGCGACCGGAGCGGCCGUGGCGGGCGGCGUGUUCGUGUCAUUGCGGAGCGGCGGCGGCACCCGGAGCCCGGCGAGGCGGCGGCGGAGCUCGGAGGCGGCUCCAGCCCAGGGUGCCACCAGCGCCGCUGUAAAGCUGCUCCCGAGGCCGAGCUCCCAAAGGCUUUGCCGGCGCUCCUGAUGUGUCGGCAGCAAGGUGCUGAUUGUUCCAAGGAGAGUGAUUCUGACUGUGAGCUGGAGGAGAGUGAAUGCUGCUCUACUCCUGGAGUUGGGAAGGAGCCCCAGCAUCUCCAGGACGGACCGGCAGCCGGGGUUCCACUCUUGCCUGGGGCACAAGAAGCCACUCAGCACAAGCAGGGGGAUGCCCCUUGUGAGCGUGCAGUGAGUGAAGAUGUGGAGAGUGGAUUCUGCACCAGGGAUGGGAGUGUGAGGGAGCCCCUGGCUGCCCAGGGCACAUCAGCAACCGGCAACAAACACAAAAGGGACCUCAGAAGAUUCCUGGGUGAACGGCUCAGGCGCCAUCCCGUGGGCACGGCGCUGCUGAUCCUGCUGCUGCUGCUGCUGCUGGCUCUGCUGGUGGCCUUGGCUGUGCUGGCAGCACCGCAGGCUCCAGUGACAGCUGCCACUCCACAGUGUGUUCUGGGCUGUCCCCCUGACUGGAUUGGGCACAAGGGGGUCUGCUACUACUUCUCAAGGGAUUACGGCACCUGGGAGCAGGGUCAGGAACGCUGCUCCGAGCUGAACGCCUCCCUGGCCAUUGCCAAGGAUGAGGGGGCCAUGGAUUUGCUCUUCCGCCUCCGCGGGAACGGCGAUUACUGGCUCGGGCUGCGCAGACGGGGCCAGCGCCUGCACUGGGGGGACGGCAGCAGCUACAGCUCCCGGGUUCCUGUCUUUGGCGAUGCCGAGUGCGUGUACCUGGCUGACGAGAGAUUCAGGAGUGGGAACUGCUCAAAUCGGCAGCCGUAUGUCUGCAGCAAGGCCCAAGCUCCCCUGUGACGGGGGCUGCAGAAAGGAGCUUCUCCACGCUGGGCAGCGCCAGCUUCCCCUCUCAGCGCAGCCCAGGGCUGUCCUUCCUCAGCUGCACCCUGUGCCUUGCACUGCCUCUCAGGGUCACCUCAGUGCCUGUCCAUCCCCAGAGCCAGCGCUGGGCUGGGGCUGCAAAGGAAACGUCUCUGCAAUCCAUCCUGCCACCCAUGCUGCCUGCAGGGAGUGCAGUGCCCUCAUUAUGCGUGAGAAACACGGCUCACAAUUUACGCUUUUUAUAAAGUCUGUUAAGCAUUAAAAUCCCAUCCUGGGAUACUUGCCUUUUUUCCAUGGGUAACUUGUAUUAUAUUCACUGUGUACAGUGACAUGGAGCAUGCAUAUUUAUUGAGUUUUUAAUAAUUGAAGUGUAACUGUGAAUUUCUGACAUGUUUUGUUAGUUUCCAAGUUUUACUUGUGUUAGGCUGUCGUGUACAAUAAACUAAUGUGUUUUCUUUUUUUCUUUUGGUUCUCUUUUUGUAUUUUCACUCCUUCAUAACGAGGGUCCAUAAAAUAUUGUUUUUUCA